AGAAAAUCAAGGCAAAAACCCUAACAUCAACCACGCCAUAGGUUGUAUGAGCAUGUUUAUUUUAAUAAACUUUAAGUAGUUUUUUUUUUUCUUUCUAAAUUGCUCAGUCAGUUGACUUAUUAAAAAAAAAAAAAAAGAGUUGACCUAGGAAAUUUGUUAUGGCUUCUUCUGAAGCCUGAAGGGCUGAACCUGUUCUUCCAUGGCGAAGAGAGUCAGUCGACCUUUAAAAUAAAGCUGUCGUUGUGACUUGUGAGGUAAAGUUAGAAAUACUCUCAGAUGAGGAUGUUUAUUCUAAUAAACUUAAGCUUUUUUCUUUCUAAAUUUGCUCGGUUCAGUUGACUUUGGAAAUUUGUUAUGGCUUCUUCUGAAGCCUGAAACUGUUCUUCUAUGAUGCAGAGAAUUAAUGGACUAUUGAAAUAACGCUGUCCGUUGUGAUUUGUGACUUGUGACUUGUGAGGUAGGUUAACUUAGUACUCUCAGCUGGAAAGGAGUCAUUUCGGGUAAAGUAUGUUGUACAGUUUUCCUACUUUAGGAAAAAAAAAAAGUGACAUCUCUUGAAUUUUUUUAGGGGACAGCUUAAAUUGGAUGACUUUCGCCACAGCGCUUUGGGCACAUGGUGCAAGGGUGCUAUUAUGUGGUGGCUGGUGGAUGGAUCUCCCUUAUUAUCACAAUUGUCAAAGGCCCAAUGAUAUGUCCUAGGGACUCUUUCAACCAGAUACGGCUAUACUUUGUAGCUACAAGAUUAAGGCACACUGCACCUGUGUCUGAUGCCAUCUUUACAAAGUAUAGUGAUUUUACAGCCAACUUUCUAUUCAAGUCCAAAUCCACGAGAGCAUCCUUGCUCAGGGUCAUAUGCAAUAUUACUGUUGAGUUUGUACAACAGUAUGGCUAAAGCCAAUGUAUAACACGUUCAUCAAGUGGGCAGCUAAGGAGAUGGAACACAGGCAAGGCAAGCCGCUAAUUGGUCUUUCCACCCAUUCGUGAAAACACUGUUUACAAGAAAGGCAACUUUUGUGCACUGCUGUUCUUGUUCUGUGUGUGCUGUGAGAAAAGAAAAUGGCUGCCCUGGCUGGUGCUCCUCUAAAUGAGUGGGAGGAACUCAACCAAAGACUUGUUGAAGCUGGGAAUGAGCUGCUUCAGCAUCCCCCAUCUUCUAAAGAGGAGCUUCUGGAGAAACUUGAUAAUUUAGAACAUCUUCUGUUAAAGGUGGCACAAGUGGCCGCUGCAUCGGCUCUACAUGCUAUUCGACCUGCAAUGGAAGCACUAGUUGCAGAUGUCCUUCUACAGCAUCCUGACAUAGAUGUGAAGGUGUCAGUUGCAUCUUGCAUCAGUGAGAUCAUGAGAAUUACAGCUCCAGAGCAACCAUAUGAUGAUAGCAGAAUUAAGGACUUUUUUGAGCUUGCAGUGUUGGCGUUUGGGAAAUUGUCUUGCUUGGAUGGUCGCUCUUAUUCAAAGGCUGUUUCAAUUAUUGGAGGUCUUGCGAAUUACCGAACGUGCGUGCUAAUGUGGGAUCUCGAGUUAGAUGCAUUGGUUGUCCAGAUGUUUCAACAUUUUCUGAAUAGUAUAAGGCCGGACCACCCCGAUCUUUUUUUCAUGAAAAUUGAGGGGAAAAAAUGA